AUGAUUCAUACAGAAGGAGUUGUAGCACUUGUGCUAUGUGGUCCCUUCCUUUUUGCAGGUUUUGAAGGUCGUUUUCCAUCAAAUCAUCAAGUAUCCAUUGGUAUGGUAAGAGGAUGGAAUCUAGAGAAUCCACAGGCUUUACCGUUUGAAUUUCUAGCAUCGGAUAUGAUGCCAUUUGCACAUACGAUGAACGUACAAGCAUUAGCAGUAGCUACGGACAGUACGGGGAAUGCAACGUUGUUUAGUGGUAGUGCCGAUGGGUGUAUUCGAUACUGGCAAAUGGAUACAGUCACGAAUCAAUUCAAAUGUCGUGGUGUCAUGGAAGGACAUGUUCGUGGUGUCACGAGACUCAAGACGUUUGCAGUCGGAGGUAUCUCCAUCUUGGCAUCAGCGAGUGUAGACUCGACAAUUCGACUCUGGGACUUGGCUACUUAUCAGUGUGUCAAAGUCCUAUCAGCUGAGGAAAAUGGUCAUACUGAAGCUGUCAUGGACCUUGAAUUCUGGGUCAAUAAUAACGAGACAUUCCUCAUUAGUGGCGGCUUGGACUCGGAAAUUAUUGUGUGGAGUCUCACGCCACCAUUUCAGCAGCUGUUUAAAGAGAUGCAGGACUCACAAGUUACCGCACUUUGUGGCACACAGGAUGCCGCACAAUCUCCAAUUCUUCUUAUUGGCAUGGCGGAUGGUACAAUAUCAGUGAAAGAGCUGCCAUCGUUCGCGUACAAGACGACAUUGGGUGCCAAUCUCAAUCGUGGGCACCAGGAUGCUGUGCGGCGCAUUACUACCGGUCCAAGCAAUACGUUCUUCUCCACUGGCAAUGAUCGGAAGAUGAUUGCUUGGCAAAUCACUGGUGAUGCCGCCUCCAUUCAGUCCAAGUAA